ACUGAGAGCCACUCGAAAUAAACAAGCGCAAAAACAGGGGGUCGUUGUAGGGACCGGUCUGGCUCCAGUGUCACGUUUAUCACCAGCCGAUGGACAGAGGGGGCUUACACCUAUAAGUUGCCAUCAGUGAAGCCCAAACCUCACGUCAGUUUCUGGCUCCACUGAGCCCAUAUCAUUGUAAACUUUUUAAAUCCUGCGCUGCAUACACUGAGCUCCGACAAAAGGCGAGGUCUUUUACCUCAAAAUUGCAGUGAGAACUGCAAGUGGACCUAUGGACAAGUACCACCGUCCUCCUUCCCCCACGCCUGGUCUAUAGUCAUCGAGAAACAACUUAUAUUCCCACUCACACCCCAUUCACAGCCAUUUGACCAACCCUCCCCACCUCGUGAUCACACCAUGGCCAGCAAGAGGAAGUCUACUACUCCUUGUAUGAUACCUAGCAAGAUCAUACGCCCGCCAGAGGAAAUUGAACAGGACUCUCCUGUUCUUCUCCGUCAGUCCAGGAUUUCUGGAGGGGGCAGACAUAGCCCCUUAGAUCCUGGAGAGUCUUCCAAACUAGAGGCAGGGGAUGCUGUCAAAGACGGUGCUGGCACUUACACCUGUAAGCCUUGUAACUUUGAAACCCAUGACCUUAACUUGUUCUUGGAUCACGUGUACACCGGGCACCCAGACUUCCGUGCCGACCCCAGCUUCUUUUGUGUGUGCUGUGGGGUUUCAGCGCCCAAGUUUGAAGGGCUGGCCCUGCACAAUGCCAGGGUUCACCCCAGCACUUUGAACACCACUUUACAGCUGAGGAGGAGGGACAGGAGGGUUGUGGUGGAGCAGAAUCUUAUAACUGGGACAGAGUCAGGGAAGGACAGUGAGAUUUCCAUCACCAAAACGCCAAUUAUGAGGAUGCUGAAGGGCAAAUCAGAGCCUAAACGGAUAGUAGUGUCUCACCCAGUGUCUGAUGAGUCUUCCUCAGACCCUCACUCCAUCUCUUCCUCCAGAGAGGUCGAGAGAAAAGAGACUGCUGCAGUGACGGUCACCCAUGUUCCCACAAUAGUUCACAAUGGAACCACCAAGGUCACGCUGCCCUCAGCAAUCCAGAUAGUCAAUGGCUCUGGAGCAUUACCGAUGCUCAAGACCCCCAUCACACAGGUGGUCUCAGUGGUUCAAAGCAGAGGCCUUCAUCAAUCUGCACCAAUCACAGCCUCCUCAAAUAUUUCCUCCACUUCUUCGUCAUCUUCCUCCAAAAACCUCCCCAAGGUGAUGAUUCCUUUGAGCAGCAUCCCUACUUACAGUGCCUCCAUGGACUCCUCUUCCUUCUUGAAGACCUCCUUCAGUAAGUUCCCAUACCCCACAAAGGCUGAGCUCUGCUAUCUGACUGUGGUCACAAAGUUCCCUGAAGAGCAGAUUAAGAUCUGGUUCACAGCCCAGAGACUUAAACAAGGCAUCAGCUGGUCUCCUGAGGAGAUCGAGGAGGCCAGGAGGAAGAUGUUCAACACCAUCAUUCAGACAGCGCCCUCCAGCUCGCAGAGCCACACACAGAGUCACCACAGCCCAGCCCAGCACACAAUCACAGUCCUGCCUGCGUCACUGGGAGCCACUGGGAUUCCUCAUAUCCUGCAGGGAUCUCUUGUCAGCCAAGGAGGGGUAAUCGUCACACAGCCUGUAAUGGCCAACGGUAUCCAGGUUAGCAGUGCUCCUGUGGCCCUGGCUGUCACACCCAAGCCGCAGGCAGCAGCUCGCCCCAUGAUGCAGGCCCGACCUGCUGCAGCCCUGGUGGCAGACAAAGGCGUCAGCAUGGUGGUGGGGACGGUGGGCAGCAGCAGCACUGGGAGCAACAUCAUUAGCAGCAGCAAUAGUAGUAGGAGUGGGGGAGGGGGCACUAGCAGCAUUAUUAGUAGCAGUCAAGCUAGUGUCAUCAACCUUAGUCUUGGAAGCAGUAAUCAUGGUAAUGGUAGGGUGAGCACUGUCAAUGGUAAACACAGAAGUGCUAAUGCAGACUGCAAUGACAAGACCAAUAGUAAUGUUACCAGCCAUGUAAAUGCUAAGAACACUGAUAUCAGCAAAGCCAGCAACACCAGCCUCGUGCAGAGUGACAACAAAGUAACCACAGAAAGCAAAAACACCAUAGACAGCAAAUCUGUUAACAGUAACAGCAAGGCAGGCAGUGAAGGACAGCGGAGCAAAGAUACUAAUGGUAGCAGCAACAAAAAUAACAAAAAUAACACAAAUAACGCAAGCACAGACGAUGUUGACCCCACCACCAGUGACUCUCCAACCAUCAAAAUGGAGGAUGCGUCUUCCCCUGCAUCCAAAUCCUCCUCCCCCUCUCCUGCAGCGCCUUCAAGCAGCACACCCGGCUCCAGGACACCUGUUAACGCAUUCCUCGACCCCAACUUUUACAAGGGCAAGAAGUCUCAAGAGCAGCUCAACGCUCUGAAGGACAGUUUUCAGGUAAGCCAGUUUCCCGACCAGGAGGAGGUGGACCGCCUCAUUGCUCUUACCGGGCUCACAGUACGAGAAGUCCGCAAGUGGUUCAGUGACCGGCGGUACCACUUUCGCAACCUCAAAGGUUCACGCACCAGCACAGGUGCGCAGACUAAAUCCAGCACUGCAGCUGGACCAGGGAGUGGUUCGAGUACACCAGGGAGUGGCACCGCUGGCAGUGUCAACCCUGUCGACCUCUCAGAAAACAGCAGCAACUCUGGUGCAAAAACACCCCAGCACAGCUCUGCACCUCUGAGUCCAACUGCAACACAGACUCCCACCUCACCCACCACACCUUCCCGCCGACUCCCCAGACCACCUUCUCCUGACUUCACAGCUAUCCGCUACAAGGAGAGAGAACCCCACCAGGUAAAGGCAUUAGAGGCCAGUUUUGCCCAGGACACUGACCCAACGGGUGAAGAAGUUGACAGACUGCGAUCUGAGACCAAGAUGACCAGGAGGGAGAUCCAUGGCUGGUUUGCUGAGAGGAGGAAGAGAUUGGCAGCUGAGAAGAAGAAAGAGGAGGCAGAGCGCGCAGUCAGAGAAGAGGAGGGGGAGAUGGAGGUAGAAGGGGAGGAACGACAAAGAGAGGACGCUUCAGGAGAACUGAAAGUCAACCCUAUUAAAAUUAAUCUGAAGAUGCUGAAGGUGACGGAGGCCAAUGGCAAAGCGGAGGGGGAAGGGUUGGAUAGCCCUGCUCUACCACUUCAAACCAGCGGCACACCUGCGUCCUCCCCAGGCCCCGCCCCAUCUUCCACCCCCAAACCACCCCAAUCCUCCACCCCGACACACAAACCAUCCCACUCUCCCAAACCCACAGCCAUCCGAGGUAAGAAGACAGCAGAUCAGCUUCACCUGCUCAAACAAGUCUACGCCCGAACCCAGUGGCCCAGCGCUACUCAGUAUGAUGAACUCAUCUCAGGUACUGGACUGCCCAGACCUGAAGUAGUGCGCUGGUUUGGGGACUGCCGCUAUGUGCAGAAGAACGGCCAACUGAAGUGGCUGGAGUCAUAUCAGACCACGGCUCUGGAGGAGGAUCUCCAGAAAGGGAACGCAGAGAUUCUCCAGGCCCACCUCGACGUCCACGGCAGCCUCGAGGAGUCACAGCUGCAGGAACUGGCUCAGGCUAGUGGUUUAACAACGGACUUGGUUCGACACUGGUUCUCUACCAAGGCAGCUUCGCCCCACAUGGAACAAACUGCUGAUUCUGAUGCGACAGAACCAAAACCAGUAGCACCAGGUGUGGCAGCCGAGCCACAAACAACAGGAUCCUCCCCUCUGGAGUCACAGCCAGGAGGAGGAACGGAGGAGAAAAUGGAGCAGUCGGUGUGUGGCGUCGCAACAGAAGCAGAGGAGGCCAAAACUGAAGAGACUGUGAAUCCUACUAAAGGAACAGACUGAAGAGGGCUUUUGUUUGAGGAUGGAGUUCACGACGCAGGUGGUCUUUGUGUCGGGAGUCUGAGUAAAAGAUGGCAGAUGCGGUUGUAACAGGAUCACUGGAUGGAAUUGGACCUUGAAACCAUCCCCACCCAUCCCUCUUUCCUUCUCGCUCACACCCCUAGAGGUUGACAUGACCUCCCCCGCUACGUGAGAUGGACGCUAAAGCCACUAACACCCACCUCCCUCCCCCCCAUCCAUCCAUCUAUCCACCCACCCACUCUCCCUGCCCUCCCCCUGUUUUGUCUACCCCCCUGCUACACACACCCUCUCCAAUAUCCUCCUGUCCGCCAUUUUCCCUUCAGAAGGAAGUUCCAGUAGAAACUGAAGUGCAGGAGUGGAGGUGGUGGAGGGAGGGGCGAGGUGUUUUUCUGCCGUGUUUGUUCUGCCUGCCUGCUGGAAUGGGAGAAAGGAAGAAAGAAAAAAAAAAAAAAAAGGCGA